GAUUAUUUACAUGAUUCGUGAUUUUCAAGGACAUUACAUUAUUUUAGCACUCCACAUACAGAAUUCUUAAAUAGCUUGAUCGUUACAGGAUAUCCUGCCUUGUACCAUGUAUUUUGUUCACAAACAAUCAAAUGUUUUAAAUAAAAUUUUAACAAACGAGAAACUAUAUGAUAUACAAGUAAAUCAAUUCAGUCAUGAACUACACAUUGCAGAAGAUGUACCUAUAAUUUUAUGGUGGACUCCUUUUGGAAAUGAUGGGAAACUUCGUACAUGUAAAAAUUAUACAUGUUACUUUACAAAAAAUCGAACUUUUCAAUAUCAUCCAAAAAUAAGUAGUUUCCUUUUUUAUGGUAGCAAUUUUAAAAUCAAUGAUUUACCAGAAUGGAAAGCUUCGUGGGGUUUAAUUCAUGAAGAAUCUCCAAGAAAUAAUCCUAUUCUCGUGCAGGAGGAAACCCUAAAUCUUUUUAGAUAUUCUUCAACGUUCAGUAGAUUUAGCGAUGUGCCUCUUACUUUGGUCAAUCUACCUGGAAUUACAGAAUUAUUAGAUAAAAAAUAUUUUAUACCAACUAAACAAAAGACAAGAUUAAUGAAUACAAAGGAUCUUGCACCUUUGCUUUAUAUACAAUCUGACUGUGAUACUGCAAGUAAUAGAGAUAUUUAUGUAGCAGAGUUGAUGAAGUACAUACGUGUCGACUCAUAUGGCACAUGUUUGAAUAAUGCUCAGUUUGAUAGAAGGCUGAGAGAAAAUUACCUCGAAAUAUUAAACAGUGAGGAUUUUCUCUCUUUCAAUGCCAAUUAUAAAUUUACAAUAGCUUUUGAGAAUGCAGUCUGUCAAGAUUAUAUCACGGAAAAGUUAUGGAGGCCUCUUAUAGUUGGAUCUGUACCUAUAUAUUACGGAUCACCAUCAUUCAAGGAUUGGCUUCCCAAUAAUAUGUCUGCUAUUUCAGUACUUGACUUUAAAGAUCCAAAGAGUUUAGCUAGUUUUUUAUAUGACUUGUCUAACAAUGAAACUGAAUAUAAUAAAUAUUUGACACAUAAACUAGUUGACAAUUAUGAAAUUGAAAACCAAAGAUUGAAAAAUGUUUUAGACUGGAGUAAUGAACGGUCUCUAAAAGAAUAUGGGGAUUAUGUAAAUGAAUUCGAAUGUUUUGUUUGUGAAGAUAUACACAAAAUAAACAAGCAAGAAAGAAAAUUUGUUGAUUUAAAACAUUACGAUUGUCCAUUACCAAGACACCCUAUAACGAAUAAAAUUAAUCAUGAUGAUUGGUGGACAAUGCAAUGGAUUAUAGAAAAAUGUGGAGCCAAAGUUCUGGCACAUCACUUGAAAAAUAAUCUUACAAUUAAUGAAGCAAAUUUUAAUAAAAUGAAGAUAGAAUUAUAUACCAAAAAGCAGUGUUAAAAAAUAACAAUUUUUCUAGAUGGUAGCAUUCAAAAAAAUUUAUGGAAAUAGGAAUAGAAUAAGAUAAUGUGUUUAGUAAGUAUUUUAUAUUGUAUAUUUGUAUAGUCUAAUUUGACGAGUAUUCAACAUUAUAAGUAUU